UGACCGAAAUAGAUUGCGUUGCGUACGCGCACGGCUCGCACCGCACUCCUGCGCCGCGCCGUCCAAAACAAGGAUCCAUGGAUCAUUCUCCAAAGAAUUUUAUAAGUGCUCCGAUCAACUGAGAUGGUUUCGUGAUUUUUUUGAAAAAAAAGUGAAAUAUUUUUUGAAUUUUUUUGGUUGACUAUUAAGUGAUAAUGCGGUUGUGUUUUGCUGUGUGUUUGUUCGUCUGUGUGACCUUGUGUCCAGAUGUAUAUGGAUACCUUGGCGAUGAUAUGGCGGAGACCAUCCAGAUAUGCUGCAACGAGGGUGCAGUGUACGCUUCGAAUCACACCCUCAGUGACUGUCAGGGCACCCUGACCGUUCCACCUGAGAUCCCAUCCGCCUUUGGAUCCAUGUGUCUUCUGGCGAAGGCACAAUGCUGCAAGGAGUAUUUUAAAAAGCAGAGUGACUGUGAGACGGGUAUCGACAUAGCGACCAGUACCUACAGUUGUGACUCAACAAAAUCUAUAAGUAAGAUAUGUUGCAACGACUGUUCGAGAGGGACGACGGAGGGUUCCACGAAGGGCCCAGAGGCUUGCAAGGAGAGGAAACAUGGCAUGAAUGCUGAGGAGUUACUGGCUGAAGACGCUUUUAUUACUUGUUGCAAGAAAGCGGCCAAAGACUGGAAAAGCGACUCUUCUUCAAGAAGUACAAACACUAUUUCUCUGUCUACACUACCAUCAGUUUGCGAAGACUACGCUCCGAAUGAACUAUGUGCUCAUCAUUGUAUACCAGUGCCAGGAUCCUAUAAAUGCGAGUGCAACCCUGGCUUCAUGCUGAUGGCUGAUGGAAGGAACUGCAAGGAGGUGAGCAAAAACAGAUGCAAGCCUCACAAUCCCUGCCAGCACAAGUGUAACGACAAUGGUGUGGAAGUGAAGUGCUCUUGCAGACGAGGAUACGAGCUGAUGACUGAUGGAACUUCAUGUCAAGACAUAGACGAGUGUCAGCUGGACGUGCCAGUCUGCCUGCAAGGCACGUGCCACAACCUCCAGGGCUCCUACAGGUGCAUCUUAGACAAGAAGAAAAAUGCUGAGAAGGGACUGUGUCCACCUGGAUUCGCUAGGAACCUUAAUAACAAUGUGUGUGAUGAUAUAAACGAGUGCUUGCUCCCAAACCCACCAUGUCCUCAAUACGUGUGUGAGAACACGAUAGGCGGGUACAGCUGUGGUGGGGUUACUGGGAACCCCAUCAACCUCAGCACCUCUCCUCGGACUCAUGUGGAGGACCGAUGCCCACCCGGAUUCAAGGUUGGACUUCAUGAGGAGUGCGAAGACGUAGACGAAUGUGCUCUCCGCAAAGACGACUGUAACCCACUAUCUCAGUUCUGCAUCAACACUCACAGCUCCUUCUACUGUCAGGAUAAGGUCUCCAAGCAUUGUCCUCCAGGGUUCAAGUUGGAUCCCAAGACUAAUAAGUGUGAAGACAUUGAUGAAUGUGAGGAGGGAGGAAUCAUCUGCGGACAUGAUCAAGUCUGCAUCAACCAGUUAGGAAGAUACGACUGCAAAGCUAAAGUUGAUCCAAGCAAAGCCAAAUGUCCAGAUGGUAUGAGAUUGAGUGCAACUAGUCAUCAUUGUGAAGAUAUCGAUGAGUGUGUAGAAGGGACACACAUCUGUGACCAGUACCAACAAUGUUUGAACACCAACGGCAGCUACGAAUGUUACUGCAAGUUGGGGUACGAACUGGACAUCACUACUGGAGCUUGUGUUGACGUGAACGAGUGCGCGACAGGCCAACACGACUGUAUCCCCCAAGCGCAGCGGUGCGACAACACGGUCGGCUCCUACCUGUGCAUCAGGAUGACUUCCUGCGGCACUGGCUACGUGCUGCACCACUCUACUGGGAAGUGCGAAGAUAUCGACGAGUGCGCGCUGGGUACCGACAACUGCGGUCCAGACUAUCAUUGUUUCAACCUCCGUGGUUCUUUCCGAUGUGUCCGCAAACGCACCACCACCACGUCCACCACACCAGUGCCAGAAUAUGAAUACGAGUAUUACGAUUCAGAUGAAGAAACAGAUGCGAACAAUACCAAACCACAAGAACCAUCAACAACAACAACUCAAAAACCAACACCACCAACCACAUCUAGCACAACCACGGAAAAACCAAAAGAACCCGAACCCGAACCAAGAAUCGAAGACAACAAUGUAGAACCACCACCCUAUAACAUACCAGAUGUAUACAAAUAUGACGCAAGUAGUCCUAAAUACGAAACACAGCCAACAACUACACCAGAACUACCAACUACUCCGGCACCAACGACUCCUGAACCACCAACCACAAUCCCACAGCAGCCAGAAACCAUCCCGACAGAAGAACCACGGCAACCAGAAGUGACCUUCAACCGUCCUACUCCACCAGAAUACAUUCCUGAAGCAGAAUUACCGAAACCAACAGAAGAGCCACGUCGAGAGCCUGAACCUACUUAUCCCACAAGAGUAGAAGAACCAACCAAUGAGUCUUUACCACCAAUAGAACCAGAAACGACUUAUAGACCUACUGAAGAACCACGAGGUUCACCACCGUAUCAGGUAGUUGUAAGUGUAGGCAAAGAGACAGCGACUAUCCCAGCAGAGAAGAAUGAAGAUGGGUCAGUUGUAAUUGAUACAGAAAGGCUUCCCAAAAAUCAGUGGACUAAAGUCCAAGUGCCUAAAAGCUGUCCGUUUGGGUUCGAGCCUGAUGAAUAUGGAGCUUGUUUUGAUAUCGACGAAUGCUCCACAAACCGCCACAGCUGUUCUGGCCUGACAGAAGUGUGUAGGAACACCAUCGGAGGCUACACGUGUAACUGCGCGCCAGGGUUCAGGCGCGACCUGAUCACCAAGUCCUGUGAAUUCGUCACCACCUCGUCUUCUACCACUUCGACUACUCCUGUGCCUCAUGUGCCUACUUCUACUAAGAGAUCCUUCUUCUGGGGAUAUCCGGAGUACCGUGUGACGGCGAGACCGUUCCGUCCAAGAAACCUUUGUGAUGCAGGAUUCCACCACAAUGCCAAAACUGGAGAGUGUGAAGACAUAAACGAAUGCACGAACGGCCAAGCGAACUGUGCAGCAGUAGAGAUUUGCAUCAACACUCCUGGCGGAUACCGAUGCGAGUGUCCUCCUAAUUGGAGACUAGACGAGAUCAGGCAUCGAUGUGUUCCUCUGAAGAACCAUGGCCAGUUUCCUACUGGAUAUGGAAAUGAACCUGUAUACCCUUCAAUACCUCCAAGUAACGUGCCACUAACUGGCACUAAGUACGUGGAUCCUGAGAUCACGCAGGUGGAUGAUCGUGGCUCCGUGUUCAGAUGUCCCAAUGGCUACAGGCUUGGAGACGACAAUACCUGUGUUGAUGUAAAUGAGUGUCUGACCGGGGAAGCCAAGUGUGGACCUCAACAGAUUUGUACCAAUCUUGCUGGAGGAUACUCCUGCAAUUGUCCCCAAGGACACCGCUUGGUUGGUGACCAUGAGUGUGAAGAUGUGGAUGAAUGUGCGUUGGCUGGAAGUCAACCUGUCUGCUCUCAAAAUGCGGAUUGUGUGAAUACAAUCGGAUCAUACCAAUGCAAAUGUCACAUUGGAUUCAGAUCUGCACCAGUUAACGAUAAAGUAUGUGUGGACGUAGACGAGUGUAUGGAGUCGCCUCAAGGAUCUCUCUGUCAGCACAGGUGUAACAAUGUAUGGGGCUCCUAUAGGUGUGCUUGUCAUAGAGGAUACAGGCUCAAUCCUGAUAACAGUACAUGUUCAGACGUAGACGAAUGCACGGAGUUUAGAUCUAAGAUCCCAUGCGUGGGACGCUGCCUCAAUGAGCCUGGAAGCUACCGCUGUGCCUGUCCCUCAGGGUACCGGCUCUCAGAAGACAAGAGGAGCUGUAUCGAUAUUGACGAGUGCGAGACAGGCGAAGCUCUCUGCGCCCAUGGUUCCAUCUCAGCCACCUCCAGUGAUGUCUGCGUCAACACUCGCGGUAGCUACCGCUGCCAGCACAUCUCCUGUCCAGUUGGCUAUCAGCUUGAGAAUAAGCAUCGCUGUAACAAAGUAGAGAGAGUGUGCCAGCCGGGAGAUUGGAACUGCGCUCACCAGCCGACCACCAUAUCGUACAACUUCAUCACUUUCGUGUCGAAUCUGUAUAUACCUGAUACUAAGUUGAAACUGUUCACAAUGCGCGGUCCUGUGUGGCCGUACGUCAAAAUGCGGUUUGAACUGAAGCUAGUCAAUGUGAACGCACCGCCCAGCGUCAAGAGGAAAGCUGAAAUCCACGACUUUUUAUUAACGCAAAACAACAACGAAGGUUUGACGUCACUAGUACGACCGUUAGAAGGACCACAGAGUAUAGAACUAGAAAUGUCAAUGGAAUUGUACACUCACGAGCAAUUCGGAGGCACAGCUGUUGCCAAGCUAUUCAUAUUUGUCAGCGAGUACGAGUUUUAAAAGGAAAUGCAAUGGAGAGCAGAAUUAUUAGCACACAUUUUUAAUGUGUCAAUAUAUUUUUUCAGCAUUUAUUUCUUUGUUUGAUUAACGUCGUAUCUAUGAUCUUUUUAUUCGUAUACAACAAAAAAAGUGUAAUUUUAUUAUAAUUUCCGUGAGACAUACUAAUUAAUUAUUAUGUUAUAAGCUUACUCAAGUAACUGUUUGACGAGGAACUCGACUCGCUUCAAGCCUAGCUAGGGUGCUAGCUAGGGGCUUAUAUUCAUUAGCAGCAUGCCGCGACCUACGACGCGGCGAUUGUCGCGCUGCUACUGUGGUAGUUCUUCGUUAAACAGUUAAGUGAGUAAGCCGAUAACAUAAUAAUUAACAAAAAGGUACACUUAGGCGCUACUGUUUAGGUACAACUAGGUGCUAUAUAAAAAGUUAUACGAAGAAAUUGAAUAUUUGAACAUGUGUAUUAUUAACCUAUUUUGUUGCGUUGCUAUUGAAUAUUACAGAAAACUUAAAUGGUGUAUGUUUUAUAUUCUUUUUAGAACAUAUAAAAAUGCAUUGAAUAUGUAAUAUGACUACCAGUGAAUGUUUAACGUUUAUGUUGUUUUAAUUAAUUGAUAAACAGGUCAUGUGGUUUAAUAUAAAACUGAAUUAAACAUAAUAUCUAUUCAAAUAACAAGAAAUGAAUCCAGUGAAUUGAGAACUACAAUUUGUACACAAUAUUUCACGUUAGACUUAAAAAAAAUUGGGAACAAUAAUUAUUUACUCGUUUUUUUUUGUGUUUUACUAACUUUUAUUAUUAUCUAUCUAUCUACUUAUCAAAUGAACUGCAUUCUGUGAAUUCAGUAUUGUUUUGUUUUUUUUUUAAUUAGUUCGUACUGCGAGAAAACCGAACUAUUGAAUAGAGAAACUCCUUUUUUUAAGCUGAUUUAUAAUAAUCGAGUUCAUUUUUCGCAGCGCGAACUAAGCCAACUAGAAUUUAAGAAACUUAUUUUUAUUUUUUAUAGCCAUACUUUUUUCGAAGUCGUCAUAAUAAUAAGCUACGAUUUUUUAUGUUAGCAACGCACUUGUAACUCCUUCGGUGUUGCGGGUGUUUAUGGGCGUUGCUGAUCA